UGCGAUACACACUGUGACUUCUGAUUGUAUCGGGAGCGCGCGUUUGUUUUAUUGUUUUAUUUCUAUCGUCGUCUGCGUGAAAAUGUGACACUGAACACUUGGAUUUUCUUUAACUAAUUAAAGACUCGACCAUGCUUGUCCUGUUCUUGCUGUUGGCUGUGACUGCGGCGGCCGUGGUUGACGUCGACGUCACCGAGCCCGCGUGCCCCUCAUGCAUCCUAAUGAACACGACGUGCUACAACAUCUCAUACCUCUUCGACCUCAACGCACCUUUCAGAAAACAAGUAGUCAUCCACAAAAUGGGAAUACUCCGAUCCCAAAACAAACUAUUCUUCAGUUUCGAACCAACGAUCGAAGAUGUGGAAUACUAUAAAACAGGGUUCGUUAGCUUAGACGACCCUAGCCAAGCGGGAGUCAUAUCAGGAUCGCAAAUAUUUAAUUUCGGCGCUUUUGAUAUCGAUCAAGAUAAUGAUUUGGUUUAUUUUGGGGGUGACGGAGGUAUUUUCAUUUUAAAUGCAAAUUCUAACAGCAUAGCUGCAUACAGCAGUCUAGGUGAUACAGUCACUAAUCUGUAUUAUAAAAACCAUGUAUAUUUCGUUAGGUAUAACGACAGAGGUAUCAUAGAGAAAGUCGGAGAUAACUUCAGAACGCUAAUGGAAAAUUUUCCCAUUAGGAAGUUUGUAGUAACGAAAAAAGAUAAUGUUGUUAUUUUCUCAAGCACUCUUGGUUUGUUCGUUGGUAAAGGUGAACAUGUGCAUCGUAUAUCAAAGAAUGGUUAUUUCAGAGGCAUCACUAUUGAUUUAGAUGGGAAUGUGUACGCGUGGUGGAUAGACGGUAUUUACAAAGUUGUACUUAUGAAGAACUUGCAGCAUUCAAAAUUAGUGAGGGUUGCUAAGAUACCAUUCAUAGGUGCUAUGACUUUCGAUAAUGACAAUAGAAUACUCUUCACAUCUGAUAAGUCUUUGUAUCUUAUGGAACCGACUGCUAACUCUUGUGGUGUGGUAAAGGUGAAAGAGGAUAGAGCAUGAAUAAUCCUCCUUAGUUAACACUUAGUAAUCAAUGUAAAUAUUUUUGAGUUUUUCACAUAAUAAUACCAAUAGACUAUAGUUUUACGCACACGUGUGCUUACUUACAACAAUUGUAACAUAAGUUUCAUGUACUAAAUUUGUAUGAGGUAUAGUUUGAGUCCCAGGAAACUCAGUAAUUUUAGCUGAUUUAGAACCGAGACGAGAAAAGAUCGGUAUACUUAUUUAAUCAUUUGAAUUCUAAAAUAACCUAAGAAGUCUAAUGCCAUCACCUUGUAUUCGGUAAUGAUGAUUAGUUUCACUGAAAAUAGCCUCAAUCAAAGUUCUUUAAUAAGGGCAGCUAUCUCUGAAUAAAUUUUUGGUAAUUCCCGAGACUUUGGCUGUAAGCUGUGUCGUGUCGAGGAUCCUUCAAACUCUUAUACCCAUACGUAAGUAAGAGCUUAAGUAUCACAAUCAUUCAAUGAUAGAAAUGGGAAAACGUCAAAUGAAUUUGUUUAUUCUGUACUAACUUUACAAAUGUAUGAAAAUUUAGUUUUUAAGAUGUUUUGUUUUGUGUAGAUUUACGUUAGUGUUAUUGUACUUUCUGAUAGCUUGAUUUUGGAGCUGUUUAGUAAAGUAAGUUGAGACAAAGUACCUGUGAUUUUGUUCGUAGUUUUUUUGUUAAUUAUCGUGAUUUGUCACUUGUGUGAAUUUAACUCUACAUUUUCAAUUCUCACCCUGUAUAGUUAUAUAUACUAAUCACACUAAUAUUUCUUCAUUAAUUGCUGUUUUUCAUCAACUUUCCCUACUUUGCUAAGUAGGAAAAAGAAGUAGAAUUAUGUCGUCUACACUUACCCGCUCUUAUUAAUUUUCAAUUAAAUAGGAAAUAUAAUAAAUCUUUAGAACGAAUA